AUGUCGAUGUUCAGAUUAGUUAGUGAUAAGCUGCGUUAUUGAAAAUAUUUAUUCGAAAUGAGCAGAUCUCUUACUUUGGAAAAUUUGAAAAUAUCCUCGUUGGACGUUAAGGACAUACGUUUUCCUACGUCCUUACAAGCCGAUGGAUCCGAUGCCAUGCACACCGAUCCUGACUAUUCCUGCGCUUACGUCACCAUAAAACUCCAAUCGGGAUUAGAAGGAUACGGUUUAACUUUCACGUGCGGUAGGGGAACGGAAGUUAUAGUAGCGGCGUGCGAAUCUAUGAGACCUUUAGUCGUAGGCCAAGUCGUCACCGAUAUCUAUAAAGAUUUCGGAACGUUUUGGAGAUCGUUGACUAGCGAAAGCCAAUUGAGAUGGAUUGGUCCGGAAAAAGGGGUAACUCAUCUGGCGACGGCGGCGAUAAUUAACGCUUUAUGGGAUCUGUGGGGUAAGCUGGUCAAGAAGCCAGUAUGGCAGUUGUUGGCCGAUAUGGAACCUGAACAGUUGGUAGCUUGCAUCGAUUUCAGAUACCUGACGAACGUCGUUACGAAAGAAGAGGCGAUAGAAAUGUUGAAGAAAGGCAAAGAAGGCAAAGAACAAAGGAUGAAUAAAUUGUUGGAGAGCGGUUAUCCUUGUUAUACCACUCAAGCAGGAUGGUUGGGAUAUUCGAAUGAAAAGAUCCAACAUUUGGCGCAGAAAUACAUGAACGCCGGUUUCAACGCUUUCAAAGUGAAAGUCGGUAAAAAUUUAAAAGACGACGCCAAAAGAUUGGAAUUUAUUAGAAACAUCAUCGGUUGGGAUAAAACGUUGAUGGUGGAUGCCAAUCAGGUAUGGGAAGUCCAAGAAGCUAUCGAUUGGAUGAAGGAAUUGGCUAAAUUCAAACCGCUGUGGAUCGAAGAACCGACCUCGCCCGAUGACGUUCUCGGUCACGCCGAAAUAUCCAAAGCUCUAAAACCUCUAGGAAUCGGCGUAGCUUCCGGGGAGAUGUGUUGCAACAGGGUAUUAUUCAAACAAUUCUUGCAAACGGACGCCAUACAAUAUUGUCAAAUCGAUUCGGCCCGUAUCGGUGGUGUCAACGAGAUCCUAUCCGUUUAUCUAAUGGCACAAAAACUUGGAGUAAAAGUAUGUCCUCACGCCGGCGGUGUCGGUCUUUGCGAAAUGGUACAACAUCUACAAAUGUGGGACUACGUCGCCUUAUCGGGAACUUCCGAUGGUAAAUGGGUGGAAUACGUCGAUCAACAACACGAACAUUUCGUUUAUCCGACGUUAAUAGAAAACGCUCAUUAUCUAGCACCGAGGGCGCCCGGAUACAACACCGAAUUGAAGAAAGAAGCGAUCGAAGAUUACGUUUAUCCGAACGGAAAGGAAUGGGAAAGUAUGUUCGCCAAAGGAAUUUUCAGCGAUCCCAGGAAGAAGAAAUAAAUUAUCCGAAAAGUAUCUGUAUAAUUGAAAAUUGAUUAAACCGUACCCCUUAAAA